AUGGACGCGCUGCCCAUCUACCACGGGGGCAUCACCCGUGAGGCUGGGGAGAGGCUGCUGCUGGCGGCGGGCACCGACGGCAGCUACCUGCUGCGGGACAGCGAGAGCAUCCCGGGAGCCUACUGCCUCUGCGUGCUGCAUCAGGGUUACGUUUAUACCUACAGAGUGUCCAAGACAGAAAGUGGAUCCUGGAGUGCUGAG